AGAUUUCUUGAGUCACCAUGGUAACAGCCCCAGUUAUCGCGAGAUCUUGUGUAACCACGUGAUUUAGUCUUAUGACCUGAUGACGUAAUCCAAGUGCGGGCAGAAGAAAAGAAGUUGGCGCUAAUUUGGGCUACUUUUAGGCUUAGUUUUAGCUGUUAAGUCGUGUUGUUUGAUCCCGAGUCCUGCAAAAUAACAUUCCAUAAUGACGGACAAACCGCCCCCAUAUGCGCCACCAGCAUACAACGGUGGAUAUCAGAACCAGGGGUACUCACAGAUGGGGCAGGGGUACCAGGCACAGCAGCCCGGGUACCCAGGGGGGUACGGCACAGGAGCACCCCCGGGGUACCAGCCCCUACCUCAGGGGAUGUCACAGCCCUCCUACAUGGGCACCCAGACAACAGUCACAGUCCAGCCACAGCCUACAACAUCAGUGGUGGUAGUAGGUGGUUGCCCUGCGUGCAGAGUGGGCGUACUGGAAGAUGACUACACGUGUCUCGGGAUCUGCUGCGCCAUCGCGUUCUUCCCCAUCGGGGUCCUGUGCUGCCUGGCGCUGAGACAGAGGAGAUGUCCCAACUGUGGGGCCAUCUUCGGUUAACUGUCUGUCGGUUGCUGUCACUGUGCUUGUAUAUACAACCAGAUGUCUGAAAUCUAUCCCAGAUAUAUAUGUACAGUAGAAGCCAGUUAAUUGCACAACGGUUUAUCGCACACUUCUGUUAAUUGCACGGAAUCCCCAAAUCUUGUGGUGGUGCAAUACAGCUGGCAAAUGAGGUGUGCAAUUAAACGACUUCUAUUGUACAACAUUUCUUGCACUGGGCCUCACACUAAGUUUUUCCCUGCAAAUAUUUCUUGCACUGGGUAUCACACCAGGGUUUUCCCUGCAAAUAAUGUACAACAUUUCAUGCACUGGGUAUCGCACUAGAUUUGUGUUUUUCAGAGGUGGAGGGCAAAAGAUUGCAAUAGAAGACCGAUUUUUAGAAUGGUCACAUCUUUCUGCCUCUUUGAACAAUCACACACCUGUAAGAGCUACAUAAUCACAGAAAGGUCAAUUUUUCAAAAACUGGCGCAUGUAUGAAGAAAAUGUCUUUUGCAGUAACAGGUCAUUUAAACUAAUAUAAAGCAACUGCUUUGUAACCAAAACAGAAAAAUUCAACAUCAUCAUACUAGUAUACAGAACUUCUGUUCAUUAUAAAUAUUGAUAACUUUGUAUCCUAGUGAUGAAAUUAGAUGUAUAAAACAUUGUAUUUUCAUGGUCACCACAGAAUAGUUGUAAAGAUUUUAUGAAUAAUAUAAUCCUCUAAGUCUAGGAUCUGCUAACUCUUUGUGACGCUUCUCUUAUUUCUUUUCAUAAAAGAUGUAUCACAGAACAAAAUUUGUGUAAUGUAUGAAUGUAUGAAACAGCUAACAUAUCAGUUAGUGGGGUAAAGGAAAUAUGAAAAGAAUGCAGAAAGACUGAUAUUAUUUUUAAUACUUACUAAAAUGAUAAAAUUUAAUGCGUAAUGUAUCCAGCUCAGUACUGUAAAUCUUGAAACUUUUGCAGUGGUUUUAUUUUCUCUGACCUCUCCACCGCAAAUUUGGUUAUUUCUUCCUCGUAAGACUACCGUACUACUAGUUCAUUUCGACUGUGAAUUUUUAAAUUCUUAAAAGACACUGGAAACCUUUGUACUCCUAAGUAAGAAUGAUAAAACCGCUGCAAAAGUAAAUGAAUUUACGGUAUCAUCUAAUGAAUUGGUGCAUAAGUAUAGGCUAAAUGCAGUACCACUUAACUGUAAUAUCACAGUAAGCUUGGCUCUUCUUAUGACUGGACAUGUACAAUUUCAAUGAGAUUUACAGUAGUAAUACUAGCAUGUACUAAUAUGGUUUACCUCAAGCAAAAAUGCUUCAUUUACUUAAAUAUUGCAUCAAUUCUGGACCCGUCAUUGCAAAAAAAGUUGCUCCAGCUGUAGAGAUAUCAGAAUUCGAAAGCAACUGUUGUGUGUUACUGUAAUUUCUUUGAUCUAUCAAAAGAGAGUUAUGAUUGUAUGUUUUCUCUUCUAUGGAGGUUUUUAUUUGCCAUUCAAACUUGAGGAAUAAAACUAUGUACAAAUUA